UAAAUUGGUCUGAAUAUAUAACAAUAUCUAUGGUAAUUGCUAAACACUAAAACUUGGUAAGGUGUUGCUUUAAAAAAAAAAGCCAUAUGUGGACACCAUUUAAGUUCUUCCGUCUCUAAAAUGGAGAUGUUCAUGAACAGCUCGACAGCACAUUGCGUCCUGUGAGUCGAUUUCCUCUUCAGUCCCCACAAUGCCACUGUCCCGUUGAAAUAUAGAAAUUAAGUGGAUGUCAUGCUCUCUGUUCAAGUAGGGGAUGCUACAUCUGCAGGAGUUGGUCGGUCAGUCACUCUGUAUUUUCACCUUCCCCCUCUGCCACCCACUUUGUCAUUGGCCAUAAACAUCAACUCUCGUCUCCGCCGACGGCUGUCGUACCACAAAAGCGUCACUAGAUGUCAGCAUAGUGUAAAAAAAUAAAUCUAUUCUUCCAAGAGCUUCCACGGUUACUUUUUUAACCACUAGAACUGGUGAGCUGGUUUAAUAUUCUGUGAGGGAGAUUGUCGUAUGAAAUUGUUUGUUUACUUCAAUGUAUUAAUUUACUCGUCUCUGGAGAUUUACUUUAGGUAUGAUAGGUGUGAACGGACAGUGUAGGGGGACACGGGCGAUUUGAAACUUUGACCAAUUUUGUCCCCUGCACUUGACCAUCGUCAUCCCAGCCUCAUCCACUAUCUUCACAUUCUCCCCCCUUUUCUUUCUCCUCUCUCCAUCCUUCUGUUUUUUUUAUAUAUGUCCACUGAAGAAGUGCAAAAUAACUGGUUUAACGUUUGCCAAAUGUUUUUCGAUAUUUGCAGAUUUGUGCUACUGUUUCCAACCUUUCUUCAACAAAAAGGGCUUUCCAACUCCUUCCGAAUUAGAAGAGCAUGGUGGUUUUAAAAAAAACAAACAAAAAAAAAAUAAAUAACCCUUCUGCCCAACCUCUCUUCUUGGGGGUCUGUAGUGGCCGAGGUGGGGGGGGGGGCAGCUGAGGGCUUGUGUGGCCCCAAGCGAAGCCCCACAUUGCACGGGAACGGCAGAGAGCGUAAAUAACCAUAGGGGACUUCGAGAACACUGGGUAUCCUCUCUGUCCUGUAGUCGAGGGCCAGCUCCUUUAAGGUGUGUGAGGGAGCCUGUGCUGGAUAUGCUACUGUACCCCUUCCUCUCUCUACCCCCAUCCUACCCUCAGCCUAUUUCUAACCCCCCCCCCCCCCCCAAAAAAAAAAAAACAAAAAAAAAAAAACGAACCACCACCCUCGGACGUUGCCACCCCUAAACAGACAGUAGUUCAUUCAUCACACUGUCUCUUUGCCAUUAACACGGACUCUUGGACUGAAGGUUGCUAUCAGUUCAUCAAAUCUCUUCAUUUUUUUUCAUUUCUUUAAUUUAAUUUUAUUUUUACCGAUUAUUGAUUUUCCAUUUAAGUCUUAAAUUUUUUUUUUUUUUUUUUUUUAGUCUGAGGAAAAACAUAUGGGUUUAUUGUGGUACCAGCCUUAGGGUUUAGUUAUGAAGGCCUUCAUAACAAGUAGGUUAGGAAACGGGAAUUAUGGGUAGUCGUGUAUGUGCUGAAGGAAAGUGUUUGUUAUUGAUUGCACUGACUUGUAUGAAUGUAGUUUCUAUGUUUUUUAAACCAUUUAUAUUUAUUUAUUUUAUUUAUUUUGCAUUUCAAUUUGAUUUGAGGAUUAUAAACUGUUACAAAAGCACUUUAAUGAUUGCCAAUUCAUAGACUGCUGUACAUCUUGUAUUGUAUUUUAUUUACAAUCGUAUUCUAUAGAAAAUAUAUUAUAUACAGUAAAUAUAAAUAUAUAAAAAUAUAUAAAUAUAAAGCCUUUAUUGUCCAUCUUAUAUUUUGUGGGGAACUGCAAUGUUUGACUAAAUUUGUUGAAUAUUUGGAAGUGAACCUGUGACUUGAUUUGUAUGGUGUCUGUAUAAAAAACGAAAAUAAAAAAAAAUAAUAAUAAACUGUUAAAAAUUACAUACCGGAGUGGGCUCACUUUAACUCCUGUCUACCUCCCCAUCGAAGAGUGGGCAUCUCCUCAUCAUGGUGCGAAUGAGACCAUCACUGUCCUCCUGAGCGGAGUGUGUGUGCACGUGCGUGUGUGCGUGUCGCCUGCCAGUGAGAACCAAAGAUCUUCUCCCCCUUUUUUUUUUGUCUAUAAUCCGCAGCCUGAAGCACGGCAGACGACUCAUAUUUUGUUCGACUCCUGUUUCCCCCCUCCAGCUCUUACAGGUACCGUCUGAGGAUGAACAACAACUCAAAUGUUUUUUGUUUUUAUUUUGUAAGGUAUCUUGUUAAUGAUUCCAGUGUUUGGAUGCUGUUUUGUUUUUCGUUUGUUUUCUUUUUAUCGUGUUAUUGUUUUCAUUGGAAGUUCGUCUGUUAACCUGUGGCUGCUAAGGUAUUUUAAUGGCCAAUGAGGAAUGCCGUUGUGAAACUUGUGCGCACUGUCUCUAACGCUUGAUUUCCUUUUGAUUAACUGACACCUCUCUUACUCCCCUCUCGACUUCGGUGUGGACUUGUCUGUGUAUCUAUGCAAAGGGGCUCUGCUAAGUACCCUUGGUGUGCCUCUGUGGUGGACUGUCCCACUCGUGAAGGGCGGGGGGGGGGUGUGGGCCGCAGUGGCCUCAGGUCUGAGUCAUGACUCUUUGGGGUAGUUUUUGUCGUAUGUGUUCAGUGUUCGUUUCUUGUAAUAAUUUGAAACUUUUUUUUUGACUGCACGUCAGUGUAAUGUUGGUUGUUUUGCCGUUUUGCUUGUUAAUUCAUCUUUCGCUUUUUUGUUUCAUGUUGUUGUUUUGCAAUGUCCCUUGUUAUUUUUUUUUGUCCCUUCCAACAAAACACCCUACAGUCCCCCUUACUUCAAACCAAUGUACACAUACACACAAACACACAGCACACACACACACACCACGUGCCCCCCCUCCCCUCCCUGCCCCACCCCAAACCCCAUUGAGCGCCCCCUGUAGUUUGUUCUGGUGACUGAUGGACUCUCUUGUUUCCUUGCAGUCGCGGAAAGCCAGCGAACAGGCAAAGAGCGUUGACUGUAAAACUGACAGCAUAGGCAGUGGGAGAGCGAUACCGAUAAAGCAGGGAAUCCUGCUGAAACGGAGCGGCAAGUCGCUCAACAAGGAGUGGAAGAAGAAGUAUGUCACUCUGUGCGACAACGGCCUGCUGACGUACCACCCGAGCCUGCACGACUACAUGCAGAACGUACACGGCAAGGAGAUCGACCUACUGAGAACCACGGUCAAAGUUCCCGGGAAGAGACCCCCCCGGGCGGUGGCCACAGUCGCCCCGACCGCCAGCCCGAAGACCAAUGGGCUGAGCAAGGACCGCAGCACCCUGCAGCUGGGCACGAGCACGACAGGUGCCCCCCACUCAAAUAGCAGCACCUCCCUGCAGUCGGACCGUUCCACCAGCGGCAUGAACCUGGUCGGCUUUGGCAGCAAGCCAGACGGUCUGCACCAGCGCUCCUUCUCCGUGUCCAGCGCCGACCAGUGGAGCGAGGCAGCCGGCAGCACCGGAGCCACUAACGGCCCCGGCGACUCCUUGAGCACCAGUCCGAACGUGUCCAGCGCCACCAGUCCCAAACUGGAGCCGCCGCCAUCGCCGCACGCCAACCGCAAGAAACACCGGCGGAAAAAGAGCACAGGGAUCACCAAACCCGACGGCCCAUCUGCAGGCAAUGAAGGUGGGGUGGCGCGGUGAUAGCUGGGAGGCUCGCUUGGCCUUCCACAGCCGCCGUGUCGACCUCAGUGGCGAAAUGUAGGAUUUAAGAUGUAAGCGCGUAUCAAGGUUUAUUGUCACGUGUUGCUACAGGGGAGGAGACAGGUGCGCUGAGGGACAAUAGCACCAAAACCAGUGCAAAACACACAAGGUUUAGAACCCGCUGUUUAUUGAUGGGAACUCGCCCAGUUCAGAGGCUUCAUGGACACCUCGAGAUCAGUUACCUUUAAGAGAUUUUUAUUUGGGAUUGGGAUUCAAGCUCAGUACAAGUGCACAUGGUAGGGAGGAGAUUCUUGGGAUACAAGUACAGUGUUAGAAUCACUGAAUUGCAGUUUAAAAUGCAGUUGCAGGUAGUUGAGAAGCAGUGGUGAGACUUUAUCGAUGUCCUGGUAUAACCCGGCGCUGACAGUGGGUCUGUGCAGUGUUCAGAUGUGAGACCUGUCCGUUGUCAGGCUUGUUUAUUAUAAAAAUACCCAAGGGAUCAGCGAGGGCCUCCGCAUCCCGCCAUCCCGCCACGUCCGUUUGGAGCUUCAUCAUCUCCCGCCUCGCCUCCGCCCCACCCGCCUCAUCAGCCCGUUGGCUGAGACGACACCCCCGGGCUGCCCGGCCAGCCUACCAUCCAUCAAAGAAGG